ACGUUGCCUCUAAGGUUUCAAACUCCCCCUUCUCCAACCUGCAGCGUCUUCAUCCUCGAACACGGUGAUAAUUCUCCAUGGAUGUUGAGGCCGGGAGAAAAGACAAAGAUAAGAAGGGGGUCAGCCAAGAUCUGAUCCUAGCUUACAAGACGCUUGGUGUAGUUUUCGGUGGCCUUGUUACCUCACCCCUCUAUGUCUACCCAUCGAUGAACCUGACGAAUCCUACUGAAGAAGACUACCUGGGAAUAUACAGCAUCAUGUUCUGGACACUCACUCUCAUCGGCUUCGUCAAGUACAUCUGCAUCGCUCUCAACGCUGACGAUCACGGCGAAGGUGGCACAUUUGCGAUGUAUUCUCUGCUCUGUCAGCACGCCAACAUAGGGAUCCUCCCAUCCAAGAAGAUCUACACUGAAGAAGAAAGCCUGACCUCGACUCAGCCUGUUGUAGCUGGAAGGCCCGGAAGAUUGAGAAGGUUCAUCGAGAGAAGCAUAAUCGCCAGGAGGCUUCUGCUGCUUACUGCCAUUCUAGGCAUGUGCAUGCUCAUCGGUGAUGGCAUCCUCACCCCUGCGAUCUCAGUCUUGUCAGCGAUCGAUGGACUCAGAGGCCCUUUCCCAUCAGUCAGUAAACCUGCUGUGGAGGGACUGUCUGCGGCGAUUCUCGUUGGGCUGUUCUUGCUGCAGAAGUACGGCACGUCGAGAGUGAGCUUCAUGUUUUCGCCGAUCAUGGCGGCGUGGACUUUCACCACCCCGGUGAUCGGCGUGUACAGCAUCUGGCGCUACUACCCAGGCAUCUUCAAAGCCAUGUCGCCGCACUACAUCGUCCGGUUCUUCGUGACGAACCAGACGAGAGGCUGGCAGCUGCUCGGCGGCACCGUCCUCUGCAUCACAGGCGCGGAGGCGAUGUUUGCGGAUCUUGGUCACUUCAGCAAGAGGUCCAUCCAGAUCGCGUUCCUGUCGAGCAUAUACCCUUCGCUGGUGCUGACGUACGCCGGGCAGACGGCGUACCUGAUCAACAACGUCGACGACUUCAGCGACGGGUUCUACAAGUUCGUGCCGCGGCCGGUGUACUGGCCCAUGUUCGUGAUCGCGACGCUGGCGGCGAUCGUGGCGAGCCAGUCGCUGAUCUCGGCCACCUUCUCCGUCAUCAAGCAGUCGGUGGCGCUGGACUACUUCCCGCGGGUGAAGGUGGUGCACACGUCCAAGAGCAAGGAGGGGGAGGUGUACUCGCCGGAGACCAACUACAUGCUGAUGCUGCUGUGCGUCGGCGUCAUCCUCGGCUUCGGCGACGGCAAGGACAUCGGCAACGCGUUCGGCGUGGUGGUGAUCCUCGUGAUGCUCAUCACCACCAUCCUGCUCACGCUGGUGAUGCUCAUCAUCUGGGGCACCCACGCCGUGCUGGUGGCGCUCUACUUCGUGCCGUUCCUGCUCCUGGAGGGCACCUACGUGAGCGCCGUGUGCGCCAAGAUCCUCCGCGGCGGGUGGGUGCCGUUCGCCGUGUCGGUGGCGCUGGCGGUGGUCAUGUUCGGGUGGUACUACGGCCGGCAGCGGAAGACGGAGUACGAGGCGGCGAACAAGGUGACCCUGGAGCGGCUCGGUGAGCUCCUCUCGGCGCCCGGCGUGCACCGCGUCCCGGGGCUCUGCUUCUUCUACAGCAACAGGCAGGACGGGUGGCUGACCCCGGUGCUCGCGCACUACAUCAGGAACAUGCGGUCGCUGCACGAGGUGACCGUCUUCCUCACCCUCCGCUACCUGCUGGUGGCCAGGGUGGACGUCAAGGACAGGGUCGCCGUCCGCCGCCUCGGCCCCAGCGGGGUGUACGGCUGCACCAUCCACUACGGCUACGCCGACGCCAUCGACUUCGAGGAGGAGGACGGCCUCGCAGGGCAGGUGGUGGGCGCGCUGCGGGAGCACGUCGGGGGCGAGGAGGCCGCGCGGGUGGAGGCGGCGAGGGCCGCCGGGGUGGUGCACGUCAGGGGCAAGAUGAGGUUCCACGUCGGCAAGGACACCCGGCUGUUCGACCGGCUGCUGCUCGGGUUCUACGAGUUCCUGCACAGCACCUGCCGCUCCGCGCUGCCGGCGCUCGGCAUCCCGCUGCAGCAGCGCGUCGAGAUCGGCAUGCUCUACAAGGCCUAACGCCACGCACAACACACUAGUACUAUAGUGUGUGUAUAAGUAUAUUAAUUGAUCCAUGGACUGCUGUCCAAGUCUUAAUGUUAGCACUUAUUAGUGGUUUGGUCUGGCACGUACAUAUCUCGGGUUUUUAUGAGCUAGCACCACUGAUAAUUGCAUGACUAUUUGCAACUCAAUAUAUAUAAACUUUGUACAUAUAUGUUGGAACAAGGUGUCUUGGAAUGUUUGUACUACUGUAAUCUUUGAAAACAAUGCAUAGUGUUUGCUUGGGGUUUGCAAUUUAUUAGCCAACUGAUUUAUGUGUCAGGCAUAUUUUGGCACCACUAAUCUCUAUUAGAUCAAUUGUCUCCGAUGAGAUACCACUUCAUA